GUGGUAGAGACCGGUCUCAAAGGUCAUGUGAAGUGGUAUUCCGUCCUUGGCCAUUACGGUUUUAUUUCGCGCGCCGACGGCAAGCCGGACAUCUUUGUGCAUCAAAGUGCUAUUUCGAAGUCACAAACCGAGAAGUUCUACCUGCGUACGUUGGCUGAUGAAGAAGAAGUUGAAUUUGAUAUCGUUGAAGGACGUAAGGGUCCUGAGGCAUCUAAUGUGACAGGGCCAAAUGGUACGAAUGUGAAAGGUUCCAAGUAUCAAAGAGUACUAUUGUACCGUUUCCGUCCCAACCGCCGCCAAGUUACCCGUGAUAAUGACGCUGACAAGAAAUCCUCUGCGAACACCAACCAGGUGAAUGCAUCACCUGACGGCCAAGGGAAGAAACCGCUCAGAGGAAGAAGGCAGGGUCGCCGUUUCCGUGGACGUCGUAACCGACAACCGCCAGCAGACGAAGCAAACGGUACAGUACCUGCCACUGAUGGACAGGUGACAACAAAUGCUGAAGCUACCGGCACUACAACGGGGAAGCCAAGCGGUCCAAGACGCCGUGGCAACUACUUCAAUCGUCGUUUUAGACGCCAGAGCAAGAACGAGCCUAAACGUGAAGGAGGACCUGAAAUUGAGAGUCUCAAUGCGUCGGAUUCUGGACAGGCAGCCGAGUCGGAAAAUACUCAAGAUGAUGAAGCGAAGCCUGGAAUGAGACGUCAAGCUGAGUGCGAAAAAGAAGCACCGACGCCCGAUCUCGGCAGCGGCGAUGUCAACAACGCUGCCAACUGCGGAAUGAGUGCGGCUGUUUGA